CUCUCCUCGGCGCCGUCGUCGGCUGCUUGCAGACAUUUCCCUAUCUUCCGGAGGUGUCGCCGUGCCGGACCCCGUUUUCUCCGAGCCAGAUCCCCACCGGUCUGGUCUUGCUUUCCUCGGCCAUCAGACGUCAGACGGGCAGCUUCCCUGGCUCGUUUCCUCAUAUCGCGCCCGCCUCAUAUCCGGCUCCUGCUCGCGAUGCCGAUUAUACGCCGCCUCGCUGGCAGUCGCCACAUCCGCCGACUCGGCUAUUUUGCAGGCUUCGUUGCGGCCGGAUGGCUCGCCGACGAGCACCUCAACUACUCGACAUUUGGGCGCAAUCUGAGAACCUUGUUUGUCGGGGCCCUCGUUACCCUCGACUACAAGCUCAACUUUGUUCCGGGCAAGGCCGAGAGCAUCGGCAAUCUGCACCAGAGAGUGGCCAACCGCGUUCUGGAGGUUUGCCAAGAGAACGGCGGACUGUAUAUCAAGUUUGGCCAGCAGAUCGCCGGGGCCGGACACAUCCUUCCGCCGCAGUACUUCCACACUUUUCGUCAGCUUUACGACAAUGCCCCGACGAUCCCCUAUAAGGUCGUCAAGAAGAUCUUUGCGCAGGAAUUCGACGGCAAAUCCCCGCAGGAGCUGUUCUUGGAGUUUGAUGUCAAUCCCGUCGCCUCGGCCUCGAUCGCCCAGGUUCACAAGGCCAAACUCAAGGACGGCACCCUGGUGGCCGUCAAGGUGCAAAAGCCCGAGAUCCGGCACCAGAUCGGCUGGGAUCUGUUCACCCACCGCCUCGUCAUCACCGCCUUUGAGUUUUUCUUUGACCUGCCCUUGGUGUGGACCGCCGACUACAUCAAAUCGCACCUCCUGCAGGAGACCGACUUUUUGAACGAGGGCCGCAACGCCGAGAAGGCAGCAAAGUACGUCAACCAGGUGCCCUCGCUGGCCCGCCACGUCUACAUCCCAAAGGUGUUUUGGGAGUACUCGACGCCGCGGAUUCUGGUCUGUGAAUGGAUCGACGGCUUCAAGUUUGACGAUGUCGAGUCGAUCGAGAAUGCGGGGCUGUCGGUGCGCAAGAUCAUGACGACAACCGUCGAGGUGUUUGCGGAUCAAAUCUUUCGUGAGGGAUUUGUGCACUGUGACCCGCAUCCCGGUAACUUGAUCGUGCGCAAGCACCCACAACUGCCGAACACCCACCAGAUCGUGCUGCUCGACCACGGACUGUAUGUGCAGGCGAGCGAGGCUUUCCGACACAACUAUGCCGUCUUCUGGAAGUCCCUCUUCACCGGCGACAUCGACACAGUCACCGAGAUCGCCACCUCCUGGGGCAUCCACGACGCCCAGAUGUUUGCCUCUGCGACGCUGCAGCGACCCUGGAAGCCCGGGCAGAUGCUCCACGUUGAGCAAAAGACGAGCGUCAACAACCUGUUCCAGUCUCAGCUCGAAGCCAAGAAGCGUGUCAAGCAUUUUUUGAGCAACACGGAGAAGGUGCCCAAGGAGCUCAUAUUCGUCGGUCGCAAUCUCAACAUUAUCCGUUCCAACAACAAAGCUCUGGGCUCGCCUGUGAAUCGCAUUAGCAUCAUGGCCAACUGGGCUGUCAAGAGCCUGGGCAAUAACUGGUCGGUGUGGACCUCAAACUCGACGCUGAAGCCUGGCGACUCGCCCCGUGGUGCCCUGGCACGCUCGUUGCAACUUCCAGGCGUCGUCCAGGCCCGCAUCAACUACUGGCGCUUCCAGUCGAUGCUGUUUUUCAUGUCGCUAGGGUUUUUUGCAGCAAGAGUGGUCCAGAACAUCAGUUGGUGGGUCUUUGGCAUCCGCUCGUCUGGAUUUGAGGAUCUGAUCGACAGCCAGUUCAAGAGUGCCAUGAAGGAUCAGUUUGGUAUCGAACUGGACCCGGCCGUCUUUGAUGCCUGAGCUGGCUUUCAGUGGAUUGACAACAGCGGUUGAACAAAGAGGCCUGAUGCAGAGCAUCAUUCAUAUAUGGCGAUGGCUGGCAGCCAGGAUGACCACAAUGAUCGAGAUGACCAGCCGAGCAGCGGUCGAGCCGAGCCAAACAGUCG